GCCAGGAAGUGGCUGUGUUGAUCUCAGAGGUGGGGCUCGUCCAUCAAUCUCGCAGCUAGUACCUGUUCUUCAAGCUCGUCAGGUAAACCGAAAGUUUCUUGGCAUGCUGCUCUAAUUCUUUUCCCUCUUUCUCAGAGCAUGUCAUGCCUCAGCUGACGCUCGGCAGCGCCGGUUGUCACGGGAGCCCGGGGCCUUGCGCGAGGGCGGCCCUGGUCCGAGCCCUGGACCAGGCUCCCCGUACGGGUCGGGAGGAGGAACCUGCUCAGAAGAGCUCAGAGCAGCCAUCAUGUGACGUUCCGAAACCAUGGACCUCAUCGCACCCACAGAUGUGGAGGAAGAGACGACGGAAGCUCUUCUCCUUCACAGGAUGGUACGCCUUCCUGUUAGCUGCUGCUCUGUGGUCAGUUUGCCAUAUGGGGGCGCCACUGUCCCUGGAGGACAUGUGCUUGUGGGGGGCACUGCUGUGCCUGCUGUGUGGGGCACUGGGGGGCUGUGACUAUGUGCCGCUGUGGUACACAAUGUCACCACUCGGACGGGACCUCGUUCCUGCGAUACAAGAGGAAGCUGUCACUCAAAGCAAGAUGAUGGCCGAUGAGCGGUCAACAAGUUCAGGUGUCCCUAUUCUUCUGGGUUUUGCCCUGGUAGACAGCCUGCUGCUGAGUGUGCUUCAGGAGCCCCUUGCGGACCCCAGCGGCCUUCAUAUUCAAGAUCUCCUAUCCAGGUUGGAGUCUGUGUCCAACACACUUGAGCGCAUUCCUCCGGGGUCCGAAUCCAUGAAGCUGGACUCCGUGUUGAGCGACAAAGUGACGCUCAUCCGGAACUACCUACGGAAAAGGGGCAGCUUGCUGAGGAGGUUGCUCCUGGUCCAGGCUGAGUUUGAGUCGGGCGUGAAGGAGCUGCAGGACGGCGUGGAGCGUCGCUGGGGCCAACUGGAGGAGCUUCACACUGGAGUCACGCUCACGAGAGAGGGAGAUCAAGACCACACGGACCUGGCAUCGGCCCACCACGGUGCCGAGACCUUAUUUGCAGAUCUGAGCCACCACAGGAAUCAACUAGACGGCUGCCAGGAUCACCUGAAAGACAGCACACAGCUCCUUCAGGAGUUGAUGUGGAGUCACAGCUCUGCAGGCAACACACUCAGAAGCUGCAAUAGCGAGUCCGUGUGGCCGGAAUUGCUACUGCAGGUCAAUAUGGAGCAGUUUGACAAGGUGCAGGAGAGCUUCCUGUCCCUGGAGCAACAAACCGCCACCUUUCAAGCCCACCUGGAGGGGCUCUCCAGGGGGAAAGACGGGGAACACGCCAGCCGGGCCUCCUCGCCGGACCUCAAUACCCGCCACUCCAGCGAAGUUUCUUCGGAGCGUCCCGACUCGGAGGGCGAGGCAGACGUUCGCCUCUCCUUGUGCGAGAGGUCAGCACAGCAGUUGUCAUCCACAAUUGGACGUUUACGCAAAUCCGGGAAAAAGAACAAGAAAGUAAUUGGAGAUUAAAAAUUUCAAAAACAUCCCAAAAAUAUACGUUAGGUUCACUGAAGGCUUUAAAUUGUCCGUAAGUAUGAAAUUCAGUCAGCUGGGAUACAUUCUAGUGGUGCACAUUGGACACAUGAACACAUUUGACAUAAGGAGGCGCCCUGCCACCGGUUAUCAGCAUGCAAGUGUGGGACACAAAGUAUUAUUGACUGUGUCACACAAACCCUUUCUUCCAGUCUGUCAGCUAUGGUACUGCAUGUACCGGAGUUGAACAAACCAAGUGUGUAAAAGUGGGAGAUACGUGAAAACAAAAUGUAGUCAAGGCGCACACAGCGAUGAAUGUGCGAAAACAUCCCUCUUUUCAUGGCGAAUCCCUAAACUGAUCUUCGAAUUGAACUUGAACUCUACGUUGGAUUAAAAGAAAAAAAAAAGUUUGGCAAUUUAGUCCCACCCAUCACAGAUUCCUGUUUCUGAUUGAGCCUCAUUUAGGACAAUUUGACAUAUUGCAAUCUGCAGAAUUCAGACAAUAUGGCUGAUUCAAUAUGAAAAUGUCCCACUUGCUGUUCAAUUUCAAGCGUGGGUCUUUGCAACUUUUGCUUGGUUUGUUAUUAUGGUGGAGAUCCCUACCCAAUUCCAUUGUCAAAAUUGACAUUUGUUGAGGGCUAGGUUCUUUUUUUCUUCUUUUUUUUUCCAUAGUAAGUACAGGAUCUGUACAAUUACCCCACAAUGACUGCUUCAAACCAACAUGGUCAACUCCCUGUUCAAUUACUGCCAUGUUAUUACAGAAAUGUCUACACAAUUUUGUCUCAAUCCUUGACACUGUUGUUAUGUUUUGAUUCCCCCCCCCCUUUUUCUUUUCUUUUUACUUUCAUAUCAAUUUUGAGCCCUUGAAUCAGUUCUCUGGAAUUGGCCCGAAAUGGCUGAUUUCCUUUUCAAUUUCAGCACGUGUCCUUGUGACUUGGUUUUUUUAGCACGUUAUGUUGUUCUGUGAAAGUGGUGUCAGGGACUGAAUAUUUUUGUAACUUUUUUACAAAAUAACAAACCUGGAUUGGCCCAAAAGGGUAGCUUCAGACCAAAAUGGCUGUCUGCUGUUCAGUUUCAAUCAUGGGUCCUUUCGUCUUCUAGGCAAGGCAAUUUAUUCAUGAUCAAAAGAAGAAUAAACAGCCAAUUAUUCUAUAUAUUGUACUUUUGCAUUGUCUUUAAUGUUAAUGUUUUCUUGUACUGUGAUAACUUAAGCUCUUCAAAGCUGUUUUUUUAAAUUUUUUAUUUUUUUUUAGUUUGAGGGCACAAGGAGCAGAAUAAAGUUAGAAGAAGGGGGAUGUAACGCAACGCCGGAAGCGUUUUUGUUAUUAUUCUAAACGAAGCAGCCCUCUUGACCUGAACGCCUUUGAUCUCAAAUUCAAUCAUGCCGUUGAAGGUUCGGCGGACUCCUCAAGUAUGAAGAAAUGUCGUACAAAAGUAAACACAGAUGCCAUUUUUACUGCAUCCAUGUUGUCGGGGGUUUGGAGUUUGGUAGGCGGCUGUGGAGUCAGUGUUGCUGGAUCGCGUUGAGGC